AUGGCCCGCAAAGCAGCUGGUCCCGGCAGCGUUGCCUCUCAGGCUACUGACGCGGUCCAAAAUGGCACAGCGUUGCCGAAGACUGCAACACUUGCAGAGGCGCUUCGCCAAUAUAGCGUCCAAAGCGCCGCGCCUAUCCCAUUUCUUGAGCCGCGUGGACUUGUAAAUACUGGCAACAUGUGUUAUAUGAGUUCGGUUUUGCAAAUUUUGUUGUUCUGUACUCCUUUCUAUCACUUCUUGGACCAGGUGCGGCAACGAACUGUGCAUUCGAUGAAAAGUGAUACCCCACUGGUGGAUGCCAUGAUUAUGUUUAUGCGCGAUUUCAAAGUGUUAGCAAGCGCGGAGUCGGUGGAAGCUUUGCGCAAAACGCUCAAGCAAGAGCAGCUCGAGCAGUUCGGCGAGCCUGUCACGCCGGAAUACGUAUACGAGGCUGUCAGAGAUCUUCCGCGCUUCCAAAAUAUGAGGCGCGGUCACCAACAAGAUGCCGAAGAGUUCCUCGGCUUUAUAUUGGAGUGCUUACACGACGAAUGCGUUACAGUCAUGCGCAGCUCAACUGAGUCGCAGACUGAAGGCGUGACUUCGCCAAGUAUCACAGCUUCUCCGAGUUCCGCAGAUGGCUGGCUUGAAGUCGGACCCAAGCAGAAGGCUUCGGUGACACGAACGGCCGGGCAUGAAGACGCACCAUCACCCAUAACCAAGAUCUUUGGAGGUCAUCUACGCUCCGAACUUCGCGUGCCCGGCCUGAAGGACUCGGUCACACUGGAGCCGUAUAAGCCGCUGCAGCUUGACAUCGGCGCGGCACAUGUCAACAACAUUGUAGAUGCUCUGAAGGGCCUGACACGCACAGAGUCCCUGACCGGCGAGUUCGGCGGACGCGGCAACAUUGCCAAGAAGCAGGUGUUUAUCGACACGGUGCCGCCGGUGCUGGUUCUGCAUCUCAAGCGGUUCCAGUACGAGAACAACCUGACGGGCACCCAAAAGAUCUGGAAGAAGAUUGGUUAUCCGCUCGAACUCGAGAUUCCGAAAGAAGUCUUCCCAUCAUCCCGACGAGCUGGACUGGCCGUGAAGGGUGGCCUGCCGAAAUACAGGCUUAUUAGCGUCGUAUACCACCACGGCAAGUCUGCGGCAGGCGGCCACUACACCGUGGAUGUGCUCCGCCAGGACCAGAGAGAAUGGGUGCGGAUGGACGACACGAUCAUCCGCCGCAUCAGGCCCGAAGAUGUCGCCGAAGGCGGCUCGGAGGAAGACCCCAAGCUGCUUGCCAAAGCGCUCGAGCAGCAUAAGGCGGACACAGAGCUGCAGAAGCAACGGAAUAUCUACCAAGGCCUUGAUGAAGCCGACCACGAGGCCGAGGAAGAGGGACCGUGGUCGCAGGUCAAUGGCCAUGUAGCCGGUGGGAAGAAGCAACAGUGGGGUAGUGUUGCCACUACUAAUGGCACGGCCACGCCUACUAGUACGGCGGGCAAGCGGACCCCGACGCCUGCGAGGAAGGAAGGGGUGAAGGAUAACAAGGUCGCUUAUAUCCUGCUUUAUGAGCGGAUGGCCGUCUAG